AUUGUUUCUAUAUAAACAUCAUUAUUCAGAGUUUUACAAAUUCAACUAACAAUUGUUUCUUUAUAAACAUUAUUAUUCAGAGUUUUACAAAUUCAACUAACAAUUGUUUCUAUAUAAACAUUAUUAUUCAGAGUUUUACAAAUACAACUAACAAUUGUUUCUAUAUAAACAUCAUUAUUCAGAGUUUUACAAAUUCAACUAACAAUUGUUUCUUUAUAAACAUUAUUAUUCAGAGUUUUACAAAUUCAACUACCAAUUGUUUCUAUAUAAACAUUAUUAUUCAGAGUUUUACAAAUACAACUAACAAUUGUUUCUAUAUAAACAUUAUUAUUCAGAGUUUUACAAAUUCAACUAACAAUUGUUUCUAUAUAAACAUUAUUAUUCAGAGUUUUACAAAUACAACUAACAAUUGUUUCUAUAUAAACAUUAUUAUUCAGAGUUUUAUAAAUACAACUAACAAUUGUUUCUAUAUAAACAUUAUUAUUCAGAGUUUUACAAAUACAGUUAAUAAUUGUUUCUUUAUAAACAUUAUUAUUCAGAGUUUUACAAAUCCAACUACCAAUAGUUUCUAUAUAAACAUUAUUAUUCAGAGUUUUACAAAUACAGUUAAUAAUUGUUUCUUUAUAAACAUUAUUAUUCAGAGUUUUACAAAUACAACUAACAAUAGUUUC